CUGCCUGUGGAGGACCGCAAUCUUCUGAUUGUGGAAAUGGUGCCAUCUGAUGAGGAGGAUGAGGCCAUGGAAACAGAUGAGGAUGAUAGUGACAAGAGCAAGGAGAAUGUUGAUGCCAAUAUUAGUGGGAGGAAAGGAAGCAGAAAGAAUAGCAAGGGAUCAAAUGAAGAACCAAAGAAGAAAAGGAGGAGAAUUAUUUUACAUUCUGAUAGUGAAUCUGGAGAUGAUUAUAAGCCAGAAAAUGAUGCUGAAAGUGAAGAUGGUUCAGCCAGCUCUGGUGGGAUGAGGAUGAUGUAUCAGAACCUGAGGACUGAGUCUGAGAUUGAUUCUCCUGUAAAGUAUCCAAAGACACCAAGCAGCACACCCAAAAUUUCUCAAGGAACAAAAUCAAAAUUAUCACUCUUUGCUGCAAAAGAGAAGGUAUAA